AUGCGAGCUUCUCUGUUCAUUCCUCUCUGUUUUAGUGGUGUAGCCAGCGCAGCUAGCUUCAACAACUACCACCAUGCGGCUACAGAACGUCCUAACUGUCCGCCGCGCUCCGUCAGUUCAUCCGAGCAGCGCGCGAUCUUCAACGACUUUGUGAAGGAUUUCUAUGUGGAGAAGAACACCACAAAGGCCUUACUCAACCACAUGACCGAAGAUUAUAUUCAACAUAAUCCUCGCGUUUUAUCUGGCCGGCAAAGCUCCGUCGAUUUCCUCGCAACCCUUGUCACACCAGAUGGAGUUAACAUGACCAUCAUCCAUAACAGCUUCGACAACAAUAUCGGAUAUAUCCAUUACCGCCUUGACACUCUCGGAGCUCCUCAGCCUACUGCCAUUGUAGACGUCUUCCGCUUCGAAGGAUCUUGUAUCAUGGAACACUGGGAUGUCAUUCAAGACCGACCUGCCAAUGCAACUAACCCUUUGGCAAUGUUCUGA